AUGGCCGGACAAUCUUCUGGCAGCCAUCCUCCCCGCCACCUUGUUGAUUUAUUUGUUCCUCAGCAGCAACCAGCCCCCGAUCCUGAGGACAUCCGCCCUGCAUCUGAUGCUUGGCUUCGCAAUCCAGCAUGGACAGAUGGUGGGACCGACCCCGUUCAGCGCUAUUUCUCUGAAGCAGAAAUGCAAGCUACUAUCCGUGCUCACUGGCCACGUGUAAUGGCACUUCAUGAGGAUGAUCGUUUAAAAGCUCUCGAAAAUGGCUGCGCAAUCCCACAGCUUCCAAAGGUCAUUGCUGACCUUCUCCGGCCUCAUCCUCCCCACCGCGCUCAGACCCCUGUUUUCGCAAUCAAUGCUCAUGCUGCUAUUCGUCAUGAGAACGCCAACGAUGCAGCCAGAGCAGCAGCACCUAGCGAUAUAUUUACCAUCAACGUUGUUCUUCAUAAGGCUGUCCUUGAGAAGGUUGCAACACGCAGUGGGCAGAAGUUGGUAGAGAAGGUGAAACCAUUCUCCGAGAACAUCCGCUCGGAGUUCACAGGGGCCUGGUCGAGGCACGACUUUUUCCACAAGAUUGUCUACAAGGCUCAUGGCAUUGUUGGUCAGUAUGGUAUUGGUGAUCCUUGUGGUCCUUGUGCCAAGGCCUGGCACACCGGUUUUUCAAAAAGUACUUCCUUCAACAUUGCCAGUAAUGAAGGCUUUGUCGCUUUUCAGGAUUCAGUCCUCAACAAACGAGGUGUCUGCAAUAUCUACGUAGACAUUGAGGCUUCCGAGCUCCAGGGUUUCCGCAUCAAUCCUAACGAUGUGGAAAACCCACUCCAUGCUGCUCUCGAUAGUCCUGAUAUUGAGCUCACCGACGGCACUCUUGUUCCCCAUGUCGCUAUCUAUUCUGCAAAAGAUCAAGCAAACGGCGCAAUAAUCCUUGAGCUUCAAAAACGUUGGGAGGGUUGUCCUCAACACAAAGACGAGAAUGGCAAGGCCGCUGUCUGCUACAGGUUUGGUAAUGUCCAUGUACCACUGAAUAUGCGACGCUUAUCACUAUGGUCUGACGCUAUCCAUGCCGACAAGGCCACAAAAGAGCAGCCACCUGAUCUGCCCGAGUUUGGUGGCCUUCCUGAGCCCAAACCCCGUGGACGCACAGGUCCACACCCCGCUAUCGAGACUACCCCAUCUGUGCCUGCCGCAUCAUCUGAUCUUACCAGCAUCACACCGCUAUUGAUGACGGUCAUUGUAAAGCAGGCCAUGGAUAUGAUCUCCGCUUCCGGAAGUCACCGCCAGCAUUCUGCUUCACCGUCACGUCGCCGUCGCUCUGCAUCUCCGCGCUCCUCGCCACCUCCAUCUUCACCUAUCCCUUCAAAUGAUAGCGAGCUUCAUGAGUUCCUCUUAGCCCUCCUUGCUAAGAAGGGUAUAGAUUUCACAUCCUUUGAGGAGGCUCUUGCCGCCGAAGAAUACAGUCCUGGCAUCCUUGCGGCUGUCCCUGUCCAGGAGCUGUGCGAGCUUACUCGUUCUCCGAAAGGGCGUGUGAUGAAGAUGCAGCAGUUUUCGAUCUCGUGGUCUGCAAAGAUAGAGAAGAGGGUUGGGAGACGUCAUCAUACAUGA